AGUAGAAUCAACAUGUCAAUCGACGAGGAAGAAAAAUACGAAUCAAAUGAAGAUCUGUACACGGCUCUGAUGUUUGGAUUAAUCGUCUUCAUCUGCUUAAUCACAGUGGACGACCUAGAUGCCAGGAUUUUAGAGCACAUUGAAAUUCAGAAAAAGAAGAAACUUCUCGGGGAAAAAAUGGACAAUGAGAAGAACGGUGUUCAACCUAUCUACGUGUUGAUGAUGCCAAACGAGAAAGCUGACCCUGAAGCUGGUCAGCUGGUCCAACAGAUACCGAAACAUCAAGAAGCAGAAUACGCCAAAAAAAAAGAAGAGGCAGAAGCAUUGAAAGAAAAAGAAGCUGAAGCAACCAAAGAGAAAAUGGUCAAAACAUGGAAAGAGAAAGAAAUUGGAAUCUGGAAGGAGAAAGAAACAGAGGCAACAAACGAAAAAGAAGCUGAAACCAAAACAGGGAAGGAAAAAGAAAUGGAAGCUGGGAAGGAAAAAGAAAUGGAAGCUGGGAAGGAAAAAGAAAUGGAAGCUGGGGAGGAAAAAGAAACUGAAGCUUGGAAGGAAAAAGAAAUGGAAGCUGGGAAGGAAAAAGAAAUGGAAGCUGGGGAGGAAAAAGAAACUGAAGCUUGGAAGGCAAAAGAAAUUGAAGCUUGGAAUGAGAAAGAAAUUGAAGCUUGGAAGGAGAAAGAAAUCAAAGCAUUGAAGCAACGAGAGAUCGAGUCCUUUACAAGAAAGGAGGCUGAAGCAUUUGGUAUACGCGAGUAUAUCGAUACUAAUACUACAGGUAUACGCGAGUAUAUCGAUACUAAUACUACAGGUAUACGCGAGUAUAUCGAUACUAAUACUACAGGUAUACGCGAGUAUAUCGAUACUAAUACUACAGGUAUACGCGAGUAUAUCGAUACUAAUACUACAGGUAUACGCGAGUAUAUCGAUACUAAUACUACAGGUAUACGCGAGUAUAUCGAUACUAAUACUACAGGUAUACGCGAGUAUAUCGAUACUAAUACUACAGGUAUACGCGAGUAUAUCGAUACUAAUACUACAGGUAUACGCGAGUAUAUCGAUACUAAUACUACAGGUAUACGCGAGUAUAUCGAUACUAAUACUACAGGUAUACGCGAGUAUAUCGAUACUAAUACUACAGGUAUACGCGAGUAUAUCGAUACUAAUACUACAGGUAUACGCGAGUAUAUCGAUACUAAUACUACAGGUAUACGCGAGUAUAUCGAUACUAAUGCUACAGAUAAGUCACCCUUUGGAUUUGGUAGAUUACAGCAUACAUUCUCGGAGGAUCAGGAUAUGACAGUUGAGAGUGAUAAGUUUGAAAGGCUGGAGCAUGAAUUUAUCCUUGAUGAUGAUGGAGGUCUGGUUGAAGAUGAAGGUCCGGAUGAUGACGAGGGUCUAGAGGAUGAAGAAGAAGUUGAUCAAGGACUCGGUGAAGCUUAUGAUUAUCCUGGAUACACAAACAUCUCGGCCAGGAUUACAUGGACAAACAAUCUUUCCAAAAAUAAAUCAGAUGAGAGAUGGAAAUGGGGCGGUAAGAACACCUCCAAUUCUCCCUGGGAACUGCCAAAGCCUUACGAUACGCCCUGGAAAAGUUCGACAGCAUCUAAAGAAGCAUGGACUCCCAUAUCUAUAGAAGCAUGGACUCCUGCAUCCAUAGAAGCAUGGACUCCUGCAUCUAUAGAAGCAUGGAUUCCUGAAACUAACUCUGAAGUUGCUAAAACAUCCUCUGCAGACAUGAACUCAACUACCUCCUUAUUCCCUAAGAUUCUGCCCUACACAUUUAUUCCAGGAACUAGACUUAAUUAUUAG